AUGCCGCGCGGGCCGUCGCCGCCCCCGCCGAGAGCCGCGGGCGCCGCGGUGCGGCGUGCGCGGGGCGGCGGAGGAGAGCCCGCCGGCCCAGCCCGGACGUACCUGCGCGCCUGCGCGCGGCUGGGCUGCGCGCCUUCGGCCGGGCUGGCGGAGGACCUGGCGGCCCGCAGCGCGCUGAUCGUCGACCUGCGCACCUGCGACGCCGGGACCCUGGCGGCGGUGCGCGCGGUGCUCGGCGAGGCGUCCGCCAACGGCUUGCGGCAGGUGGUACUGAUGGAUGGCAUCACGUCCCUGGGUUCGGACCCGGCCUACCAGAGGCUCGUGGAGGCCCGACGACGCCGCGCCUGCCGGGGCUCCCUCGGCGCCCCCGCCCUGCGCGCGCUCGCGGCCUCGCUGGGCCCGUUCCUGGCGGGGCGCGGCCGGGGGCUCGUGGUUCUGGACCUGGCCGGAGCGCCCCUGGGCCGCGAGCGCCCCGGCGCCUUCGGGCCCAUCGUCGCCGGGCUGCGGGAGGGCCGCGGGCGCCAGCUGCAGUGGCUGGGGCUCGGCGGCUGCCUCAUCGGCGACGCGGGCCUCGCCGCGCUCCUGCCGUGGCUCGCCGGCCGCGGCUGCCCCGCCCCCUCGCUGGAGGCGCUGGUGCUGGCGCGGAACGGGCUCACCGACGUCUGCCUGGUCCGCGCGCUGCUGCGGUCGCGCGCCCGCCUCUUCGCGCAGCACCGCGCGGCCCCCCUGCGGCUCCUGGACCUGUCGGGCAACCCGCGCCUCGGGGACCAGGCCCUCUCCGCGCCGGGCUCCGGCGUGCCGCCCGCG